CCUUCAGCUGAACCGAGCUGCUGUCUGACUGCAGCAGCACUUUCCACAGAGCUCAGUCUGCAGCUGUGCUCUCAUUUAAGCAGAGGAAAUUCACCUGUUCAGACUUCUGGAGCCACUGAGGUUUUUAUUCACUGGAUUUAGGUUAUUUUUUAGUGGUGGAAAUUAUUUUUCUUUCGCCUUGAUUUCAGCAUCAGGCCGUAAUGGUUGCCCGUGCAGCGACCAUCUUGCAUCACGAGGAGCAGCAAAGUUCCUGCUACCCACAACCCUUGCCUCCAGCCUGGCACCCGGCACAGGACCUCCAAUGCAUCACCACCAAUUUCCAGUAUCUGCAGACCACAGGUUGGUACUGGGGUUCUAUCUCAGCGAGCCAAGCUCGGGAAGUUCUCCAGUCCAAGCCCGAAGGGACAUUCCUGGUGCGGGACAGCAGCCACCCUCAGUACAUGCUGGCCCUUUCGGUAAAGACCCGCUGUGGGCCCACCAGUGUGCGCAUCGAGUACAACAGAGGCAGCUUCUGGCUGGACUCCACGUCGCCUCAGUUGCCUCACCUACAAUCCUUCCCAGACGUUCCGAGACUCGUCCAGCACUACACCGCCUCAGGCCAGACGGCGCAGGACCUGGAGUCCGUCCGGCCCCAAACCAAGCCGGACCCAACGCAGCGCGCGGCUAAAGACAGCGGUGUUCCUCUUAAGCUCCUGCGUCCUUUGCACAACGUGCAGCAGGGUUUUCCUUCUCUGCAGCACCUGGCACGCCUUGCCAUCAACAAACACACAAACUGCUCCGACCAGCUGCCCCUCCCAAAGCCGCUGCUGCGCUUCCUGCAGAACUACCCUUUCUUCAUAUGAAGAUGGCAGCCCGGUGGACGCAGAGGGACAAAGAUACAGGAACAUUCCUGUGGAUGCGGAGCUGCGCUGGAUCCUGCAUCACAUUCAGUGGAGCACAGGGAGAGAAGACGGAGAUGGCCCAAAUACGAGAAACCGCAACAUUACUCCACAUAAGUUUCCGAUUUCUAUGUUUACCUUAGCAACUGUGAAACAUGCAGUGAAGGCCAAUAUGUUUUAUUCUGAGCUGCAAAAGAAAACCUGUGGAUUUUAAAUGGUUGGCAAUGAGGCAGAGACAAUUUUACAGAAUAAACCAAAUUAUCUGAGCUUUUGAGUUUGAAGAACUUUAAUCACUUUAACACUGGAGAAGAAGGUAAAAAUGAGUGGUCGUCAUGUUUAUGUCGGUCUGAACACAGUGCAGUGUGUGAUAAAUAUGUGCUGCAAAACUGAACAAAUUCAGGACUGAGGAUUGCAAUUUACGUCUCGUUUCUGUUGGACAUGCUGUUCUUUUUCAAAAAUAUUUCUACCCCUGAACUUUUUCACAUUACCUAAUUUAAUGUAUUUUAGUAGGAUUUUAAGUCAAGACCAGCAUAAAGUAGCACAUAAUUAUGAAGUGGAAUGAAAAUGAUGUUUCAUUUUAAAAAGAUAAAUAAAAAGCUUUAAAACCAUGACAUGCACAUGUGCUCUGAUAUUCCAAUAAAAAUCUAUUGUUGCCA